UGGCACGUUCGCCGCACCCGGUUGCGCGAUGACGUCACGCAUAGCUUGUCCAGCCAAUGGGCGGAGGAAGCGGAGAAUUUCGAACUAGGAAGAUUCCGGAAGCGAGGCAGGAGCCAACGGUCUAAGCGCCGGAGUCCGUUGAGGUAGAAGAUGGGUGGAGAAAAAUGCUUGAAAAGGUCCUUUAAGGACAGUCUGGACAAUAUAAAAGAACGAAUGAAAGAGAAAAGAAAUCAAAAAUGGGCGAAGUUGGGUAAAACAAACCAGGUCUUGCCUAUAACAUGCAAAAUAGCAACCAACAGUUCGGUGCAACUGAAAAGCUUGCAAGCAAACAAUCGCGCACUAGCUCUAGCUUUGCAAGAGGAAAAAGCCAAAAUGAAAGAAGCCCAAGAUAUCAUUCUGCAUUUAAAGAAAGAGUAUCAGUCUCUGAAGUUUCAGAUAUUUGUUUUACAAAGAAAACUUAGCUCACAGCAAGCGAAAGAACCUGUUGAGACCAGAUUGUUGAUCUUGAGCAAGAUUGUUUCAAAAGUUGCUAAAAACCUACUCGAUACAGCUGAUCUUCUUGGUCCAGCUCAGGAUUUGUGUUCCACUGAUCUUAACAAGAGGAUGUAUCCCUCAGUUCUUGAAGAUGACGACUCCAGUAUUUUAAGACAAGCUGGUUCUCUGGGACUUCCUACACGUGUUCUUGUUGCAGAUGCUAGCCUAGAAGGCGAAAUGCUUGGAAAUGAAAUAGAGAAUAAUACUGAUACAAACAAUGCAUCUUAUUCUAUGUCAGAUUCCUGGCAGACCUUUAAAAAUACCACUUCAGUUAAGAAAAUGGCAACAAACACAGAAGGACAAAGAUCUGAUUUUCAUCUGGACAACCUAGAGGCCAACCUGGAAAAUACUCUUUUAGAUGAAGAGGAUAGGCAAGUUGGUAAUACCUUACCAAAAACUGUAUCUACCAGGCAUCACUGUUCAAACAGGAAAAUUCAUGUGCAUAAUCUAGACCAUUCAGAAAGGGCUUAUUUGACCAGAGAAUUUUGUAAACAGGAUGAAACUAGACUUGAGGGAAGUCUAGAGAAAGGUAAUAUAGAAAAUAUAGAGCCAAAUCUUUCUCAACUGAAUGAAAAUAAGAUAAACAUGAAGCCAAUGUUGGAUCAGGCAGAUACAUUGACUGAAUUGAACUGCUCAGUUGCAGAACCUAAACUUAAACAAAUUCAGCUUAAAAGCAGAGAAGACUCUCAAACAAGAAGAGAGAAAGUACAAAAAGGAAAAUUGGAAGGAAGUAAAAAGACUUCCAGAACAAGAUCAAAAAGACAGAGAAGCCAGGCAGAACAAACUUCCAAAGCGAAACUGGAUUUAUCAGUUGGCUCCAAUAAAGCUUAUGAUUUUCAGUUUGAGGAGAAUGUCCAUAUCACACCUUUCCGACAAAACAAGAUGAAUGAUUGUGACCGUGACGUGGAUGAAAGAAAGGAUACAUCUGAAUCCAAAACACACAGCAGUGAAGCAAGUGAUUCAGAAGAGAAUUCUGAUGACAGCCUGUAUGUGCCUUACAGGAGUAAAUCAAAAUACAGGAAGAGCUCACAGUGCAAAAAUGAUGGAAGUCCAGUCCAUACAAGACCACGAUCUAAAAGAUCUGUGGUGUACCAGCAACAGAAAACCAGUAAUGAAAAAGAGACUAAGAAUACUACAUCAAAUGAAAAAUCUAUCAGCACUGUUGAAAAUACUCCAGUGGAUAGUACCUCCAUGAUCAGGAAAAUCAACAUUCAAUCAAACACUGUGAUGAAACUAGAUGAAGUAAAAUCACAUUCUCUUCUAUGUGCUAUGGAUACUGUACCAAAAGUAGAUAAGAAUUCUUCCUCUGGAAAUAUAUAUUGCAAUUUUGCUAAAGCAGGGAAACCUGAGGCUUCUCAGACAUCUCGUCUUCAUCUCUGUGAUGUCACCAACAUCUCUUCAUCGUCUGGUACAAAAAGUAGAAUCUCUCAUCCAUUUUUACGUAUUGAUGAAAAAAUAGGAAUUCCCAGCCACAAACGCAGAUGUACUAUUAAUGUGAAUUACAAGGAACCAAGUAUCAGCGGGAAGCUCAGAAGAGGAGAUCCGUUUACAGAUAUGUGUUUUCUGAACUCUCCAAUUUUCAAGCAGAAAAAAGAUUCUAAACACAGUUCUGUUAAAAAGGAAUCUCUGUCCAAAUACAAUGAGGCAUUUGUUGGAUGUCGUUGAGAAGCCCUUUUGCACCCCCUUGUGGAGUUCUGAGGCAAAGAACAUUUAGUUAACAAAUUUGCUAUGUAAUUUGACACUUGUCAAAAUUUCACAUUACCAUUAUGCCAUAAGAAUAAUGUCUUGCUCACUCUCUGUCCUGUGUACCAGGGAAAUCUAACUGUAUAUUUGGGUAGGCAGUGAUAAUUAUAGACUAUUUUAAAUUUAGAUUCCAUGGGAGUUUCAAUAGGGCUCAGAUGAAUACAUCUAAAACACUUUAAGAUCAUGAAUUUAAUAGAGUAAGGAGUAACUGUUAUUGUGCCUGUUCGUUAUAAAAGCAGUCUUGCUACCCAGCAAUAGUUUCUAUUUAAACUCUUCGAUUCCUGAACUCCACUGUGAAGUCCAUUAUCUGAAGGCAUGUUGAGAAUCUCUGGUGUAAAAAGAUAAGCACUAUGUGAAUUAUUUGACUGAUUACUAGAUUUGUCAGUCCCUGCUUAUUGUAACCCCUCACUUGAUAGAGCUGAAUUAUAGUAAAUCUUGGGAUUAGAUUACAAUUUUAAGUGAGCAAGUUUGUACAGCUGUCUUGUUACUUAUACAAAGCUGUAGUCUACUAAUGUUGAAAUGUAUAAUAAAACUUUUAGAUUUUAUAAAGUCUUGUAGAGAACUUACAUUCUAACUGCAAUGGUUUCAGUCUAAGGGCAGGUCUACACUAUGGGGAAAAGUCAGAUUAACAGAGUAACAAUUUGAGUUACAUUAGUAGCGUAACUCAGGUAAUCAUAGCUUAGAGCUACUUACUGCAGGGUCAACGAGAGAAACUCUCCCAUCGACUCCACUUACUCUUCUCAUUCUGGUGGAGUACUAGAGUCGAUGGGAGAGUGAUCAGCUGUCAAUUUAAAUCGAUCCCAGGUGGUUUGAUCACCACAAUGUCGAUCCCAACGGUAGUGGGGACAAACCCUUAGGUUUGGUCUACACUAGUCUGUUAUUUCGGAAUUAGCCAAGUUAAUUAAAAAAAAAAAUGUUUCCAUCCACACGACCAAACUGGUUUUUUCGAUUUAAAGGGCUCUUUAAUCCGAUUUCUGUACUCCACCUCAGCAAAUCAAGAUUGCAAUCCCAGGUUAAAGGUAUUGUGGACGCAAUUUGACGUUAUUGGCUUCUGGGAGCUAUCCCAGAAUGCUCCCUUAUGACCGUUCUGGACAACACUCUUAACUCCGAUGCACUAGCCAGAUGGACAAGAAAAGCCCUGGGAACUUUUGAAUUUAAUUUCCUGUUUGGUCACCAUCACAGGUGACCAUGCAGAGUCCACCAUCACAGGAGAUCACAGAGUCCCGGAUUCGCAGACUAGCUCCAGCAUGGUCUGAACAGGAAGUACUGGAUCUCAUCGCAUGUUGGGGAGAUGAGUCUGUUAUGACAGAAAUACGUUCCAAAAAAAGGAACGCAAAUAUGUACGCUAAAGUCUCUAGUGCUAUGACGGAAAGAGGCUACUCCAGGGACACAUAGCAGUGUCAUACAAAAAUCAAGGAGCUCAGGCAAGCAUACCAAAAAGCCAGGGAGGCGAAUGGGCGCUCUGGGUCACAGCCCCAUACAUUCUGCUUCUACCAUGAGCUGCAUGCAAUUAUGGGAGGUGACGCCACCACUACCCCACCACUGUCCGUGGACACCUUCAAAGAGGGAGUUGCAUGGAGUGAGGAGGAGGACCAUGCACAGGCGGCAAGUAGGGAAUCCGUUUUCCGCCCUAGCCAGGAACUAUUCUUAAAGCUGGAGCCAAUAGCGUCCCCCCACUCCCAAGGCAGACUCCCAGACCAUGACCCUGAAGAAGUGCUUCUGGUGAGUGAGAGCCUGAGUGGAGCCAUGAGGUGGGGAAACCCAGCUGCGCUGGGCUGUUCGCAUUUAGUUUAAAGGGCUCAUCCCUGCUCAGAGCCUCAUCGGAGCCGUGUGCGGGGGAGGGAGGGUGGGGAUGUGUGAAGCGAUCAUCCCAGAGAGCCCGCAGGCCCUCCUUUUAUAUGGCAAACCCAUCAGGCAUUGCUUGUUAUGGGAAAAGGGGCCCAUCCAUUUGAAAACAUUGAAAUUAACGUAGAAGAAACAGAACCCCGCGUGCCCCUAGGCUGCCUGCAAGCUGAAUUCUGUUGCCCGGCUGUGUGUGAUGACUUACUCACACCAAAGUGUCCCCUUUGUUCUCUGAAAUGUAUCUUUUAAAAUACUACCCUCCCUUUUUCUCCUCCUGCAGGUGCAAAUGUUUCAACGUAGCCCCUCUCUACUCCGUCCCAGAGGCUGGUCCAGAUUAAAAGGUGGAAAAAAUGAACUUGGGACGACAUGUUCACCGAGCUCAUGCAGUCCUCCCGCACUGAUAGGGCCCAGCUGAAUGCGUGGAGGCAAACAAUUGCGGAAUCCCGUAAAGCAUUACAGGAACACGAAGAGAGGAAGUACACACGCGAUGAGAGCAGGCAGGAUGCUAUGA